AUGCUGCCCUUCCCCGCGUCCCGCGCCCACUGUGCCAACGGAGCCGCUGCUGCUACUACCGCCACUGCCGCCGCUGUUUCUACUAGCGCCCGCACUUGUGUGCCUACUGCCGCCGUCCACACGGCCAUCGAGAGCCUGUCCUCGCUCCUCUUCGCCGCGCUCCUCAUCCUGGGCGGGCCCCUGGGCGGGCCCCUGCCGGCGUCGGGCGCGGUGCGCGAGCGCUCGGCUGCCGUGCCCCGGGCCUCGGCCCGGCUGGUGGCGCGCAUGGACGGCGACGUGAUCAUCGGCGCGCUCUUCUCCGUGCACCACCAGCCCUCGGCGGAGCGCGUGGCCGAGCGGCAGUGCGGCGAGGUGCGCGAGCAGUACGGCAUCCAGCGCGUGGAGGCCAUGUUCUACGCCCUGGACCGCAUCAACGCCGACCCGGCGCUGCUGCCCAACGUCACGCUGGGCUGCGAGAUCCGCGACUCCUGCUGGCACUCCUCCGUGGCGCUGGAGCAGAGCAUCGAGUUCAUACGCGACUCGCUCAUCUCCAUCCGCGAGGACGACCCCAUGCACCCAAAUAACGCCGGUGCCUCUACGGUGGUGGCGGCAGGUGCCGGUGGCGUACCAGGUACGUCCACAGCGGCCGGAGGACCGCCGCCGCCACCCACCAAGCUCUGCGUGGACCCCCCCAGCAAGAGCGCCGCCGAGGCGGACAAGAAGAAGCCCAUCGCCGGCGUGAUCGGGCCGGGCUCCAGCUCGGUGGCCAUCCAGGUGCAGAACCUGCUGCAGCUCUUCAACAUCCCGCAGAUCGCCUACAGCGCCACCAGCAUCGACCUGAGCGACAAGGCCCUCUUCAAGUACUUCCUGCGCGUGGUGCCCUCCGACACGCUGCAGGCGCGCGCCAUGGUGGAUAUAGUCAAGCGCUACAACUGGACCUACAUCUCGGCCGUGCACACUGAAGGCAACUACGGGGAGAGUGGCAUGGAGGCCUUCAAGGAGCUGGCGUCCGAGGAGGGCCUGUGCAUCGCCCACUCCGACAAGAUCUACAGCAACGCGGGCGAGCGCCACUUCGACCGGCUGCUGCGCAAGCUGCGCGAGCGUCUGCCCAAGGCCCGCGUGGUCAUCUGCUUCUGCGAGGGCAUGACCGUGCGCGGCCUGCUGAACGCCAUGAGACGCCUGGGCGUGGUGGGAGAGUUCCUGCUCAUCGGCAGUGAUGGCUGGGCAGACCGCUAUGAGGUAGUAGAGGGCUUUGAGCAGGAGGCGGACGGCGGGAUCACGCUGAAGCUCCAGACGGAGGAGGUGCAGUCCUUCAACGACUACUUCCUGCAGCUGCGUCUGGACAACAACAAGCGCAACCCCUGGUUCUCCGAGUUCUGGCAGCACCGCUUCCAGUGCCGCAUUCCUGGACAUCCCCAGGAGAACCUCAACUUCCAGAGGAUAUGCACUGGCAACGAGAGCCUGAGCGAGCACUUUGUGCAGGACAGCAAGAUGGGCUUUGUGAUCAACGCCAUCUACGCCAUGGCCCACGGGCUGCACGACAUGCAGCGGGAGGUGUGCCGCGACUGGGACGGAGUCGGCCUGUGCCCGGCCCUGGAUCCCCCGGACGGCCGCCAGCUGCUCGAGUACCUGCUCAAGACCUCCUUUGCCGGCGUGUCAGGGGAGGACAUCUACUUCGACGAGAAUGGAGACACGCUCGGGAGGUACGACAUCAUGAACCUGCAGUACGUGGAGCACACGGGUCGCUAUGACUACAUCAACGUGGGCAUGUGGCACGAGGGCAUGCUGAGCAUCGACGACGACAAGCUGCUUAUGAACCGCACGGAGAUGGUGCGCUCCGUAUGCUCGGAACCCUGCUCCAAAGGACAGAUCAAGGUGAUCCGCAAGGGCGAGGUGAGCUGCUGCUGGAUCUGUACCACCUGCAAGGACAACGAGAUUGUGCAGGACGAGUUCACCUGUCGCGCCUGUGACCUGGGAUGGUGGCCCGACGAUGACCUGCAAUUCUGCCAGCCGCUGCCGCUGCGCUACCUGGAGUGGAGCAACGUGGAGUCCAUCGUGGCGGUGGUCUUCUCCUGCGUGGGCAUUAUGGUCACGCUCUUCGUCUACUUCAUCUUCAUCCAGUACCGCGACACGCCGGUGGUCAAGUCGUCGUCGCGCGAGCUGUGCUACCUCAUCCUGACGGGCAUCCUGCUGGGCUACAUCUGCCCCUUCACGCUCAUCGCCCGGCCCACCGUGGCCUCCUGCUACCUGCAGCGCUUCCUGGUGGGCAUCUCCUCCGCCAUGUGCUACUCGGCGCUGGUCACCAAGACCAACCGCAUCGCACGCAUCCUGGCCGGCAGCAAGAAGAAGAUCUGCACCAAGAAGCCGCGCUUCAUGAGCGCCUGGGCACAGGUGGUGAUUGCCUUCAUGCUGAUCAGCAUGCAGCUGACGCUGGUGGUGGUGCUGAUGGUGCUGGAGCCGCCUAUGCCCGUCAAGUCCUACCCCAGUAUCCGCGAGGUCUUCCUGAUCUGCAACACCUCCAACGUGGGCGUGGUGGCGCCGCUGGGCUACAACGGCCUGCUCAUCCUCAGCUGCACCUACUACGCCUUCAAGACGCGCAACGUGCCGGCCAACUUCAACGAGGCCAAGUACAUCGCCUUCACCAUGUACACCACCUGCAUCAUCUGGCUGGCCUUCGUGCCCAUCUACUUUGGCUCCAACUACAAGAUCAUCACCACCUCUUUCUCCGUCUCGCUGAGCGUCACCGUGGCGCUGGGCUGCAUGUUCACACCCAAGAUGUACAUCAUCAUGGUCAAGCCCGAGCGCAACGUGCGCAGCGCCUUCACCACCUCCGACGUGGUGCGCAUGCACGUAGGCGACGGCAAGACGGCGUGCCGCCGCAGCAACAGCAUCCUCAACAUCUUCCGCCGCAAGAAGACCAACAACAACAACGGUAGCACUAAUGGAAAGUCUGUGUGCUGGUCUGACUCAGGUGGCAGACCACAGACGACUCCCCAGCAGCCGUCGACGUCGCCGCUCCCCCUGUCUGUGUGUGCGACGAGGCCGGGGCCGCCCCCAAGCCAGACGGCAAUCAUCCGCCCCCUAACUAGCUCCCAAACGCCCCCGCCACUCGCCCCCACCCCUGACCCCGACCCAGAAACCGACCCCCGGCACGAACGCAAGGUCUCCGAGCCCCAGGCCCAGCCCCAGCCCCAGCAGCAAGAGGAGCAGCAGCCGAGCAGGACCACUCCCUCACCCCCCCAUUUAGUCAAUGGUACGAUCCAGGAGGAAGUGGCGCUGCUCUCUGGCCUGACAGAGGAGUGUACCAGUGAGGGGCGGCUGCGGGGGGAGGUGCUGGAGACGCUGAGCUCCACCGUGCCCAUGGAUCACAGCUUGGCGGCCGCCUCCGCCUCCGUCUCUGCAGCCGACGAGCAGUCGUCUCUGGCCAGUCAGCUACCUCUGUUGAUGGGCGAGGGUGGGCUGUUGGAUGGGGUUGGCGUUGGCGGUGGCGUGGUGGGAGGGGCCGUAGCGUUGGAGCUCGCGGAGCGUUUCCUGUCCGAGGAGGAGGAGGCGGAGACUCACAGCAAGAUGACUCUGCUGCUGACCCCGCCCUCUCCCUUCAGGGACAUCUCCACACCGGGCUCGCCCGUCGCCCAUGGCAACGACCUCUGCGGCGCCCCCGCCAUCGACCUCUGCACUCCCGCCAACGACCUCUGCACCUCCGACGUCUUGCUCCCUGGCACCGUCGCCCCGGCCAACCCUGCGCACAGCGCCUCCACACUCUGA